AACUCCCAGAGUGCAGCGCGGCUAGUGGGCAUGCGCGGCAGCCUGCAGCUGGAGAGUAAACUAGGACGGAGAGGCAAAAAAAAAUGAAGCAAAUAAAGCAGCAACAGUGUGCAUAGGGCGGCCUGGGUUGGGAGACACACGGUGGAGAGCUCAGGCCGGUUGCAUGUACCAUUGAGAGGGCUUCUGUUGGCAUAAGGAGCGACGAGCGGUACCUAAGGCUGCUGUCCCCGCAUACUCGCCAUCUGCAGCAAAAAGCCCGUGGUCUAGGAAAAUGGCUCACUUGACACCACCACUGCUGCUGAUGCACAAUGAACCUUUGGAGAGUAAAGAAGCUCUAAAACAUUUUAUGUCUGCACUGGAGUCAAUGUGCAAGGAGUUUGCCAGGGUGAAGGCAGAAGUAGCAUGCAUUGCUGUUUACGAUUCAGAAGCUGUGAUUAUUGGCAGUAAGAAAGGAAAAGCCUUCUUAGAUGCCAGGAAGGAUUUCCAGAACGAUUUUCUACAAUAUUGUAAUUUGGAUGAUAAAGAACCAGUAAUCAAGGCACUAAGGCUUACAGCAGACGGCGACUCUCUCAGAAAAUCAGUUGAAGAUUUGUUCUGUAUUUGCUAUGGUAAUGCUUUAGGAAAAUCAGCUCCAGUGCCUGUUCCCUAUGACAAGCUAACAAGAGACCCCACUGCGAUCACUGUAUGUGGCCUGCCAAAGGAUGUACCACUCACAGAUCCAUUAAAAUAUGACAUUGAAACUAUACAGCAGAUUUUAGCCAACAAAUCCAUAAUAUCCUUUAGUAUUAAAAGACCGUUUCUUGAUGGGAUCAAUUUAAAAGAUGAAAGCAAUACAGCUGAGACAGAAGCAUCUUACUCAGAAAGCUACUAUCCUGUACAGGUGAAAGCGGAGCCAAGUGAGGACUCUGAAAAUUCAUUUGCACUAACCACAGUGACAAUAAAAGAAGAGGCUGAAGACCAGGAUUACUAUAAAUUUAAUUUCCAAGGACAUGCUUAUGGCGAGGAUUCCAAUGUGGGAACAGAGAUGGACGAUAAUGGAGGGUCUUUGGUCCAUGGCAGUGAUACCGCCUCCAAGCAGUGUACUGGAACUCAGUGUGAUGAUGAAUAUGUGCCACCUCAUAAGAAGCAGAAAAGCGUAGAAAGCCUACCAGUUAAUGAACAGUUAAUACAAUGCAAGAGGAAAACACGGGAGUUUAAUUUUGAAAAGUGGAAUGCAAGAAUUACUGAGCUAAGAAAGCAGGUGGAAGAAUUGUUUGAAAGAAAGUAUGCUGAAGCCAUAAACGUCAGUUGUCCAGUAUCCAUUCCAUAUCACCUUUUCCAGUCAAAUUCAGAAGACCUGUAUGUGGAAGGCCUGCCAGAAGGAAUCCCAUUCAGGAGACCAUCAACUUAUGGAAUUCCACGCCUCGAAAGGAUACUGCUAGCACGGGAAAGGAUACGAUAUGUCAUCAAAAAACCUGAACUUUUGAACACUACAAUAGAAGCUAUGACCACUGAAAAAACAAAUUCAGGAGUGAAAGAAGAGUGGUAUGCAAGAAUAACAAAAUUAAGAAAAAUUGUUGAUCAGCUGUUUAGUAAAAAGUUUGCUGAAGCUUUGGGAAAAACCGAGCCCAUGCCUGUACCUUACCAGAAGUUUGAGGCUAACCCCACAGAUAUGUACGUUGAGGGGCUGCCUGAGAACAUCCCUUUUAGAAGCCCAUCCUGGUAUGGAAUUCCAAGACUGGAAAAGAUUAUUCAGGUUGGAAACCGGAUAAAAUUUGUUGUUAAAAGACCAGAGCUGCUCACACAGACAAAUUCAGAAGCUGUUCAGAACAGAACAAACGCUGGAGCGAAAGAAGACUGGAAUGUCAGGAUUACUAAAUUAAGAAAACAAGUUGAGGAAAUCUUUAACACAAAAUUUGCACAAGCCCUAGGCCUCUCAGAAGCACUAAAAGUUCCUUACCCAGUGUUUGAGUCUAAUCCAGAAUACCUGUACGUGGAAGGAUUACCAGAAGGAAUUCCAUUCCGUAGCCCCACAUGGUUUGGGAUUCCUCGGCUAGAAAGGAUAGUAAGAUUAAGUUCCAAAAUCAAGUUUGUUGUUAAGAAGCCUCAGCUUGUGGCACCUCAUCUGCCUCCCGAGCUUAUUGAUAAAAUAAAUACUGAAGCAUUUCAGAAUAAUUGCAGAGAGCGGAGUCCAAGGAAUACAACUGCAGAAGUUACAGAUGAAGGUUCAGACAAAUCCAAAAUUGUAUCACACAGUACUCAACACACUAAUGGUUCCACUGUGACUUGUAAACCGCGGGGAAGAGAGUUUUCCUUUGAAGCCUGGAAUGCUAAAAUAACAGACCUAAAACAAAAAGUGGAGGCACUCUUUGAUGAGAAAUGUGGUGAAGCCUUGGGUAUGAAAGAACCAUUCAAGGUCCCAUUUGCACUAUUUGAGUCCUACCCAGAAGAUUUCUACGUUGAAGGACUGCCUGAGGGAGUUCCAUUCCGCAGACCCUCUACUUUUGGCAUUCCUAGACUAGAGAAAAUUCUCAGAAACCAUGCGAAGAUUAAAUUUAUUAUUAAAAAGCCUGAAUUAUUUGAGGCUGCAGCCAAGGACACAUCUUUACACUACCCACAAAAAAGGAUCAAUGCCAAUAACACAUCGAUUACAGCAUCUGGAGUUGAAGAUCUCAAUAUUAUACAAGUAACUAUACCAGAUGUGGACAAUGAGAGAGCAAUCAAAGUUGACAAAGCCCGUCAGUUGCGGGAGCAAGUCAACGAAGUGUUCAGUCAGAAGUUUGGGGAAGCAAUUGGCAUGAGUUUCCCAGUGAAAGUGCCCUAUAGGAAAAUAACCACCAAUCCAGGAUGUGUUGUAGUAGAUGGAAUGCCAUCAGGGGUUUCAUUCAAAGCCCCAAGUUACCUAGAAAUAAGUUCCAUGCGCAGAAUACUGGACUCAGCAGAAUUUAUAAAGUUUACUGUUAUAAGGCCUUUUCCUGGAUUGGUGCUUAACAAUCAAGUAACAGAAGACUGUGAAACUGAGCAGUCUACAAAAUCUGGUAAACCUGACAAGAGUCAAACAGAGGAACCUGUAGAAGAAGCUAAAGAUGAUGACACUGAAAGGAACCACAAGGAUGUGUAAUAUCGUCAUAUAAUAGGAGCACCUUCUAUACAGACUAUUUUUGGUAAAUUUUAGAGAGAAAUUUCUCUUUCUUCUUCCAAGUUCUGUGAAUUGGAUAAGAAAAGAUUGUCAUGAAAGAAUGAUAUCUGGAUUUCAAGGAACAUAUAUUUUUGAUUUGGAGGUUUGAAGAUCCAUCAUGUCUUUUAUAUUAUUAUGUUUAUCUGAUCCAAUUGGAUUCUUUUAUGGUGCAUAACUUAAACUGACUUCCUGGGAAGCCUUUAGGAUGGAAGAGGAGAGGAAUAUUUCCAUCCGUGCAGGAAGACACACUGCUCACUGACUCAGCAUAGCAAAUAAGGAGGCUGGGUGCUUUCUCUGAACCACAAAUAUGGUCCACUUCUAACACACUGCAUGUUUUUCAGGUUUGGCUUCUCUCAAGAGCUUUUAUUCAUUGAUGUCCUGGUAUAAUAUUUAGUACAAAUGGUCUGAGUGACAGAGAUAGAUAAAAUCUCUCAUUGGAUAUAACAUAUUCUUUAUUACAUCCCUUCCUGUCUACUGGAAUAUCCUGCAACAAAUAAAUUGUUUUCUAAGA